AUGAAGAAGCAAUUCAAGAUGACUGACCUUGGCCUGCUGAGUUUCUACCUUGGGAUAGAAGUGAAGCAAAGCAGUGAUGGCAUCAUUUUGAAUCAGUCAGCAUAUGCAAAGCGCAUACUGGACAAGGCUGGUUUGGGGGAGUGCAAUCCUUGUCACAUUCCCAUUGAACCUCGUCUGAAGCUCGGCAAGAACAGCUCGGCUCCACCAACAGAUCAAACUGAGUACCGCAGCAUCGUGGGCAGCCUGCGGUAUUUGGUUCACACUCGGCCAGACAUUGUCUAUGCGGUCAGGUAUGUAAGCCGAUUCAUGGAAUCGCCGACCACCGAGCAUCUCGCCACCUUGAAGAAGAUCCUUCGGUAUGUGGCCGGGUCGCUCACUCUUGGCUACCGUUUCAUUCAGGCAACCUCGGAGCCGCGACUAGUUGGUUACAGCGACAGCGACAUGGCUGGGGACAUUGACACUCGGAAGAGCACAACUGGGAUGUUCUUCUUCCUCGGGCCGAAUCCUGUGUGCUGGCAGUCCAACAAGCAGAAGGUCGUGGCGCUGUCCACUUGUGAAGCUGAGUACAUUGCCGCUGCAUCAGCUGCUUGCCAAGGGGUGUGGCUGGCGCGACUACUUGGCGAGCUCAGAGGAGAAGAGGCCCGCUGCGUCGAGCUCCGCAUCGACAACAAGUCGGCUAUCUCCUUGAGUAAGAACCCUGUCCUCCAUGAUAGAAGCAAGCACAUAGAUACACGUUAUCACUACCUACGGGAGUGCGUGGAGGAUGGCAGGAUCAUGACGGAGUUCAUCUGCUCAGCCGGCCAACUGGCCGAUAUCUUGACGAAGGGGCUCGCCCGAGCCAGGGUAGCCAUAUAUUUGAAGUUCCCAAUGGCCACAGAAUGUGCAUCGUUCAUGACAGAGCAGUUGAUGAGUGAGUGA